ACUUCCCUCUCUCUCUCUCUUGAUCUCUCCCUCUCUCUCUUGAUCUCGAACAUAUAAGCAAUAGCAAUGCAACAAGCGAUUCCUUACAAGUCAUGGUUACCAAUUUACACAACCAACAACAACCCACUGAACCCAUCAAGCCUAACCCAGAAGAGCAACAAUGGUGUUAAUGACGGAGGAGUGCUAAGAGGGUCAAAGAAGAAGAUGGGGACCAUGGUGUCUGAAAAUGCAAUCAUAGUGUUUGCAAAGCGAGGUUGUUGUAUGGGGCAUGUUGUGAGGAGACUGCUUUUAGGGCUUGGUGUGAAUCCUCCACUUUAUGAGAUUGAUGAAGAGGAGGAAGAUGGAGUUUUGAAGGAAUUAAUGGAGAUUGUUAAUAAAGGUAAGAAAGUGCAGCUACCAGCAGUGUUUAUUGGUGGGGCUUUGUUUGGAGGAUUGGAUAGAGUUAUGGCUACUCAUAUUUCUGGAGAAUUGGUUCCUAUUCUCAAGGAAGCUGGAGCCUUGUGGCUUUGAUAUAAUUGGUCAAAUUUUGAUCUUGUCCUCUGUUUUUGUUUUGUUUUUUCCUUAAAACUUGUAAUAGGUUUCUGGGUAGUUGAGUUGAUGAAAUUGAAGGAUCCAAUAUGAAGUUAAUAGGUGGAUCCAAGUAUAUGAUUUAUGACUUCUAUUUCAAUCUUGUUUAAUGAAAUGCUUCUUUGACUCGCAUGGAAGAAAACUAA